AUUUAAUUUGUUUAGUCAAAAUUUAAGAUCUUGAAUCAAAAUCGACAUUUCUGUUGUGUUUUUAUCUCAAAUAAAAAAGAUAUGGAUCGACCAAGAAGAAAAUUAAAAAAAUGUUGCUACGUGCAACCGCCAGUACGGGAAAGUAUAAAACCAAGCGUUAAAUAUCAACGAUCAACAAUUCCGUUCAACGACAAAACCACAUCCCGUUCAGAUUAUUUGCCAAUUGAUGAUGAAACCAUGCGGCUUUUGCAAGCUGAUCAGGAACUUGCCAAAAAAUCCAAAGCGGAUGAAAUGAAGACAAAAUAUCCAUAUCGAUCAACGAUACCGUUUAACGACAAAACCACAUCCCGUUUAUCCUAUCAGCCAAUUGAUGACGAAACAAUGCGUCUUUUGAAAGCCGAUCAAGAGCUCGCCAAAAAAUCGAAAGCUCAUUUGAUGAAAGCAAAAUAUCCACAUUUGAAUGCGAACAUAAAAAUGGACACCGAUACAAUUCACAAUUUAUCAUAUCAACCGGUUGCAACAAAACCAAAAGAAACGCCACCAUGGGCGAAAAAUGCCAAAUACAGACGGUCACAAAUACCAAUGGAUUUGAAUACAAUUUAUGAAUAUAGCUACAGAUUACCAGGCAAAUUCGUUGAGUGUGGUGAUGAUGCAGACAAAAACAUAAUUGUAACAUACGCCGAAAAUUGUGAGGACAUCGAAGGAUUAAUCAGACUACCUGAUGGACCGUAUAAAUACUAGGGACAUUUCAUCCGGGAUCUUUUGAUAUGUCAUUAAACUGUCUCCAUGAAAUGAUCAUACUAUUGUUUAACACUGAUGUUUAAUGAAAAUUCACAUUGUGAGAAAUGUUAGUCAGCCGAAUAUUUUGAAUCAUUUUUUAUAGUUAAAAAAUAACGCGUUUUUCAUUAAUUAUAAAGCGAAUCAGUUCGAACCGACUGAUUGAGAAUGUUUCAUUUUCGAAGUGAAAAUCUUCUCACGAAAAACCAAUUUACGACAAAAAUGUCAAUCAAAAUUGUAAAUCGCGCAGAUAAAGAUAAAAAGUGAGAAAUAAAUAACACUUAUACAUGAAAA